AUGCGUGAUUUGAUGUGGUGCUCUGUCGAAGUGAAGACACACAAGCACAUCAGCACGCACACACGAGCCUUCUGUGUUGGUCAGUGGUGCUCACUGGGUGUGUUUGUGUUUGUGUUUGUUUGUUUUACUCUUUCCUUUUUCUUCUUCUCUUUUCGUUUUUCUUUGAAAGUGGAAGACGCGUUAUCGCAGGUGCGUGCCGUCUCAUUGCUGUUGCGUUAUCCUUUCUUAUUAUUAUUAAUCCGAAGCCCAGGAGAAAAAAAGAGUUAUAUGCGAAGGAGUCGAAGACGAUCAUGCGUGAGCUCUCGCGAAACAUAG